AGACAGACACAGACAAAUAAAUAAAUAGCAGCGAUGUCCUCUCGGUGCAGAAGCGCAAUCCGUUUACUGCAGAUCCCCUCCGCGCUGCCGGUCCGACUCACUGCAGCCCGAGGGUACGGCGCAGGCAGCCAAUAUCAAUACAUAAUAGUGGAAAAGAAAGGAGAGAAACAAAAUGUGGGCCUUAUCCAGCUGAAUCGGCCCAAAGCGUUGAACGCACUGUGUGAUUCGCUGAUGAGAGAGCUGAACCAGGCUGUUGAAACCUUUGAAGACGAUCCUGAGAUAGGAGCCAUGGUUCUCACUGGCAGUGAAAGAGCCUUUGCAGCUGGAGCUGAUAUCAAGGAAAUGCAGGACCGAACAUUCCAGGAAUGUUACAGAGGAAACUUCCUUUCUCAUUGGAACAGGUUGACGUUGGCUAAAAAGCCAGUAAUUGCUGCUGUGAACGGCUUUGCUCUCGGAGGAGGCUGUGAGUUGGCCAUGAUGUGUGACAUCAUCUACGCAGGAGAAAAGGCCCAGUUUGGACAGCCGGAGAUCUUGCUGGGGACUAUUCCGGGGGCUGGUGGGACUCAACGGCUGACGAGAGCAGUGGGGAAGUCACUCGCCAUGGAAAUGGUUCUCACUGGAGAUCGAAUCUCAGCUCAAACAGCCAAAGAGGCAGGCCUCGUCAGUAAAGUGUACCCAGUUUCUGAGGUGGUCGAAGAGGCCAUCAAAUGUGGAGAAAAAAUAGCCAGCAACUCGAAGCUGAUCACCGCAAUUGCAAAGGAGGCAGUCAAUGCUGCUUUUGAGCUAUCGUUAACAGAAGGAAAUCGACUGGAGAAGAGAUUGUUCCACAUGACAUUUGCCACUAAAGACCAAAAGGAAGGAAUGACUGCAUUCGUUGAGAAGAGGAAGGCAGUGUUCAGCAACCAGUGAUUGGAAGGAGAAGUCUUUGCUAGCCUCACUGAAGAAACUGAAAACCGAUCCUUUUUAAAAAAAAAAGGCAAAAUAAAAUCUUGCAUCUUGGAUGGUCAAACCAUUGAAGACAAUAUCAAAACCACGAUAAACAGCUUCCUGAUUUCAAAUAAAAACAAUUGUAUUU